GUAAAUUCAGCAUUCCCUCUCAGACUCAGUUCAGAGUGGCAUCUACAGGGGUCAUCAAACGGAGCUGAACUUCACGUUUAGAUGAAUUAACUGCACGCACAGGACCGGGUCUUUCAUUUAGACUCAAUUUACUGGCGGGACCGCGCGUGGUUUAUCUUUAUCUGAUGCUGCGUAAAAGUUGACCGUGGAAACCGCUGCACGCGCUUGGAAGAAAUCGCAUGGGAGGAUACCGCUCAGUGUGAUUUUGCUGCCACUACAUAAACUAUAUUGAGCACUUGGGCUUGUUUAUACAAGGAGGCAAGAACUGUUGAUCCGGACAGACCUGCUUCUCGUCCAGAUGGAUGCGCGAUGAUGGAUUCAUCGCUUCUCGAUGCAACUUUUCAGCGCGGUGCACUGAUAAACUUCUCCUGAGGAUUUUACACCAGCGACCUUUAACUGAAUUAUCCUCUCAAGAUGUCAUCGGAGUAUUUGAUAAGGUCGCUGCUUAUGCUCUUUCUAGCACUCUUCUCCGCCAAUGCGAGCAACUGGCUAUAUCUGGCAAAGCUGUCAUCAGUGGGGAGCAUCUCGGAUGAAGAAACCUGUGAGAAGCUCAGAGGACUCAUCCAGAGGCAGGUUCAGAUCUGCAAGCGCAAUGUGGAGGUGAUGGACGCGGUCCGCAGGGGCGCCCAGCUCGCCAUCGACGAGUGCCAGUUUCAGUUCCGCAACCGGCGCUGGAACUGCUCGACGCUAGAGAGUGUUCCUUUGUUUGGCAAAGUGGUCACACAAGGUACACGGGAAGCUGCAUUUGUGUACGCUUUAUCUGCUGCUAGUGUAGCCUUUGCAGUGACCAGAGCCUGCAGCAGCGGGGAGCUGGACAAGUGUGGCUGCGACCGCAAUGUGCACGGUGUCAGUCCAGAAGGUUUCCAAUGGUCAGGAUGCUCUGAUAACAUUGCAUACGGGGUUGCUUUUUCCCAGUCCUUUGUGGACAUCAGAGAACGAAGUAAAGGACAGUCCUCCAACAGAGCCCUAAUGAACCUUCAUAACAAUGAGGCAGGGAGGAAGGCAAUUCUAAACAACAUGCGAGUGGAAUGUAAGUGCCAUGGGGUUUCCGGCUCCUGUGAGGUAAAAACCUGCUGGAAAGCAAUGCCGCCGUUCCGCAAAGUGGGCAACAUCAUCAAGGAGAAAUUUGACGGUGCUACAGAAGUGGAGCUGCGCAAAGUGGGCACCACCAAGGUCCUGGUUCCCCGAAACUCACAGUUCAAGCCACACACAGAUGAAGAUCUGGUGUACCUGGACCCGAGCCCAGAUUUCUGCGAACACGACCCCAGAUCUCCAGGCAUACUGGGCACCGCGGGCCGCUUUUGCAACAAGACCUCGAAGGCCAUCGACGGCUGCGAGCUCAUGUGCUGCGGUCGCGGAUUCCACACAGAGGAGGUGGAGGUGGUCGACCGCUGCAGCUGCAAGUUCCACUGGUGCUGCUACGUCAAGUGCAAACAGUGCCGCAAGAUGGUCGAGAUGCACACAUGUCGGUGAUCUUCCCCUCACCACUUUCCCAAGCAUUUCAUGCGACGGUAGAGGAACAUGUCAUACAUGAGACUUUAAAAUAUAGGGGCAAUAUACCCGUGGUCCCAAUUGAGAGUAUUUUUCUCUCUCCUUGUCCUGUUUUUAAUUCAGUGGUUGG